AACAUGGCGCUGCGGAGGAAACGUGUUAGCUGCGUACAUAAAAUAUUUAGCUGCUGUUGUAGUUUUUUAUUAUAUUCGUCCGCGAAUCGAAACAUACGUAUGUGUUUGAAUAGUCGUUAAAUGUUCUGUUAGAUAUUAACAUUUUAACGCGGCGAAAUUCAACCUCAAACUAACUAAUCCCCAGGAUUAUCCAGUCUGCUGUGAGGACGAACAGGGACCACUGUGCUAAAUGUCGACUGGAGAAGCUUGAAAUAUAUAUUUCCGUGUCGUUAAAAGGAAGUAAUAGUGUGGAGUAUGAAUUACAGAAAGCUAUAUUGGAGCGUCCUCAAACAGCACGAACACUAAAAAGAAAGCACAGGCUACCAGUUAUAAUUCAGUAAGAACUGUGAGCAGGUUUUUCCAACAAAACGAGAUGGAAUUAAAUUUAAACCAUGUGGAUUAUCUCCAGGUUGGAGUGACAUCUCAAAAAACCAUGAAACUCCUCCCUUCUGUGGGACAAAAAGCUACUCAAAAGGUGGCUGUUGCAGACCAUGAUGUUGUUGUGACCUGUUUUGGGAUGAAAAAAGGGAAGGUUGUGCCUGUUUUCAAAUCGCUCCCAUUACAGAAGAUCUCCAGACUUGAGCUUGGAGGGACUUUGGGGACCCCACAGGAAAAGAUUUUUGUUUGCUCUGGCUCUGAAGUGAGGGGAUACACCAAAAAGGGCAAACAGUUCCUUACGUUUGAGGCCAACUUAACAGAGAGCAUUAGUGCCAUGCAUGUUUCAGGGGCAGAUUUGUUUGUGUGUGCGAGCUACAUUUAUAACCAUUACUGUGACUGCAAAGAUCAGGACUAUUACCUGUCAGGAGACAAGAUUAAUGAUGUUCUGUGUUUACCUGUGGAGACAGUGGGCCACACUGUGCCCAUCCUGGCCUGCCAGGACAGGGUACUUCGUGUACUGCAGGGAUCUGAUCUUCUGUUUGAUGUGGAAGUUCCUGGACCUCCAACAGUUCUUGAGCUUCACAACAGAGAUGGAGGAAAGGGUGGUGAGGAGGUUCUGUAUGGAACAGCUGAUGGGAAACUGGGUCUUGUGCAGAUAACCAAAUCUGGACCAGUCACAAGUUGGGAACUGGAUAAUGAGAAGAAAAAAGGAGGUGUGCUAUGUAUCGAUACCUUUGACAUUGUUGGUGAUGGUGUAAAGGACAUCCUGGUGGGAAGGGAUGAUGGGACUGUGGAGAUCUAUGUGUUGGACAGCUCAAAUGAACCAACACUACGCUUUGAGAAUGUUUUGUCUGAGAGUGUCACAUCGAUUCAGGGUGGCUGCAUUGGAAAAGAGAUGUACGAUGAAGUUCUUACAACAACAUACACAGGAUGGGUGUCAGGUCUCACCUCAGAGCCUCAGCAGGUGGUAGCAGGCCCGGGGGAUGAGAUGAAGAUGAGCAGAUAGACCCAGGGGAAAUUGGCCACACUCAGCAUGGUUUGCUUAUUCUUGUGUAUUUUCGGGGCUGAGUUGGAGCAGUUGCAGGUGAAGGUUUUACAGGGCAGAGAAAAAUACCAGCAAAGCUCGCAGUCCAGCACAGCUGUGUCUGUUGUACCAGUCUUUAGCAUUAAUGACAAGUUCACACUGUGCCAGGAUGAUGCCAGCUAUAGCCUCACACUAGAAGUGCAGACUGCUAUUGACAACCUCUUGCUACAGAGUGAUGUUCCCAUGGACCUGCUGGAUGUUGAUAAGAAUUCAGCAGUGGUUAGUUUCAGUGAAUGUGAUUCAGAGUCUAACGGGAACUUCCUCCUUGCCAGCUACAGAUGCCAAGCAAAUACCACAAGGCUGGAAUUGAAGGUGAGAUCUAUAGAGGGUCAGUAUGGCACCCUUCAAGCUUAUGUGACACCAAGGCUUCAGCCUAAAACCUGCCAAGUUCGACAGUACCAGAUCAAACCGCUCUCGCUCCACCAGAGAACACACACAAUUGACCAGGAGCAGCCUAUGAACUCCCUGAGGCUGAUGGGACAGUUCAGUUUUGCAGAGAUCCGUUCGUGGGUUGUGUUCUGUCUGCCUGAGGUCCCAGACAAAACACCAGCAGGAGAAAGCAUCACCUUUUAUUUUCAAAACACUUUCUUGGGCACCCAGCUAGAAGCCACCUAUUGUAAAGGUGAGGCAAACUUCUAUUCAGACAACAUUUCUACCAUAUCCAUAUUGAAGGAUGUCUUGUCCAAAGAGGCCACUAAACGAAAAAUCAACCUGAAAACAUCCUACGAUGUGAAUGAAGAUUCUGUGAGCCAUACACUUCAGAUGAUUCAUCCAAAGCUGGAGAAUCAGCUGAUUUUGGCCAAAAAGGUUCAGCUUAUUGAUGCUUUAAAGGAGCUGCAGGUUCAUGAAGGGAAUGCAGAUUUUCUGAUCCCAGAGUAUCGCAGUAUACUAGAUGAUUCAGCUCAACUCUUAGAAGAAUAUAAGAAACAACCCGCUCACUUAGAAAGAUUGUAUGGUAUGAUCAUUGAUCUUUUCAUCGACAAGUUCAAAUUUAAAGGACAAAAUGUCAAAACAAAAGUUUCACAGCUGCUUGCAAUUUUGAACAACUAUGAACUUGAGUCCUUAAUGGAAUUUUUCAGUGAAGCUUAAAGCGACAACAAACUGAAUGUAUCUGCUGAAUUCCGUCUGGCUAAGCGGGAACGUGAUCGUGGUCGAGCGAAAACUAGAGUGAACAUCGGCAGGGCAUUUGAUUCCUGGAGGGACCUUCGUUUGUUUUUGGGGAUCAAAACCGACCCUGAAAUGCU